UAUCCACACCGGGGACCGACCCUACAAAUGCGCUCACCCUGGGUGUGAAAAGGCUUUCACCCAGCUUUCCAACCUGCAGUCCCACAGACGGCAGCACAACAAAGACAAACCUUUCAAGUGCCACAACUGCCACCGUGCAUACACGGAUGCUGCCUCGUUGGAGGUACACCUGGCUACGCACACGGUGAAACACGCCAAGGUCUACACCUGCUCCAUCUGCAGUCGGGCCUACACCUCGGAGACGUACCUGAUGAAGCACAUGCGGAAACACAACAUCCCUGACCCACAGCAGCAGGUGGUUCAGGCACAAGCCCAGGCCUCUCAGCAGCAGCAGCACUUCCAGCCACAGGGCGGGGGGGCAGCAGGGGGCCCUUCUGGAGACACUAACCAACCCAACCCUCCCCCCCAGUGCUCCUUUGACCUGACUCCUUACAAGACUUCAGAGCAUCACAAGGACAUCUGCCUCACUGUCAGCACCAGCGCCAUCCAAGUGGAGCACCUCUCCAGCUCCUAGAGAGACCUCAACCCAGGGAGCAGAAAGCCUCUUGUGCAUAGCCUGCGCCCAGGGGCACCGCUUGUGCAGCGGCCCUCCUCGUGCAACAGUCUCCGGCCUCUCCUCCUGCAACAGCCUUUUCUGGCCGUGUAACCCUGUUCAUGGCACCCCCUUGAACAACAGCCUGUCUCAAGGGGGUGCUCCUUCUGUGCAACAGCCUGCCCGGUAGGAGGAUGCUUCCUUGUGCAAGAGCCCCUUUCCUGUGCUGGGAUCACUUCCUCAUGCAAAAGCCCCUCCUUUCAAACCCAAAGAAAGGCCCCUGUUUUGCCUUCUCUCUCACUGUAGGAUGUGUAUGAAAGGGAGGUGCGUGUUGAGACAUGCAUGGUGAAUGGGAUGGAGAGAGGGUCCUUGUAUGUACAGGGGCUCGGACACAUGUUUUCAGCAGGCCACAGAAGAAUGUGGCAGGGUUCAUAGCUGGAUGAGGUUCUUUGAGGAUUUCCUUGAGUGUCUAAGAGAGAAAUAUCCAUUCCUGUCCCUCCUGCUUGUGAAAGGGAGGAGGGGUUGCUCGUCCUGCCCCAAGGACUGGAUGGGAGAAACCUUCUCCCCAGAGGAAGGUGAGACCAGUGUGGGGGGAGAGGUGAGGCAUGUUCUCUGGGCUGGACCGUGCCUACACUGCCCAAGGGCUGUGGAGUAUUGCACUCUUUCUCCUCCCCUGGUGGAGAGCAAUAGAGAGGAGUCUGUCUGAACUGGCUGCUGCCUCUCUCUCCCAGCUGUCCGAGCAGCAUGGUGGCCAAGGCCCCGUAGGAAUGUGGAUUCCUGCUCAUUGCUCUUCCUGCCCGUUGUGGAUGAUGUCCUAGCAGCUUGUACUCCUCCUCCUCUCCCUCCUGCCUGCUUCCCCACACCCCACCUCAGAAAAGCCUGCAGGCAUCAACAACAAACCAAAAAGCAACUGGAGGGAGGGUAAGAGACUGCCAAAAUAAUCAUCACCCUUCUCUCUACUCCCUUUCCUGAAAGGCAGAACGAUAGCAGUUCUGACUUUCAUACCCCUGUCCUGGCCCCAGUUCCCAAAGGGAAGGUGGAGGAGGAGGAAUAGCCCAGUCUUUUCAAGGAGCCAGCAGGAGGCAGGGAAAGGCUAGCUUCUCCUGCUCACCUCCCAGCGGAGCACUCUCCCAGGCUCCCUCUUGCCAAGACGGGCUGGACUCACAUGGCAGUGGUGGCCUCUUCUGGACCCUGGUCAUGGGACAGAAUCCCCAAAAGGUGGACAGUGGAGAGAAGGGGAUGAAGAUCCCCACAGAGAGACCAAUCUAAUGAGAAGGGGGAGCCAACAAGAAUAAACUGAAGGCCCCUUGAAUUUAUAUAUAU